AUGUUUCCUUCCGCUGGUAAUUUUAAACAAAACAUAUGCCCGUUUUUUUCAUCCUCUUUAUGUGAAAGACCUUAUUGUCAUUAUAAGCAUGUCAAAUCAACAUCUUCAAAUGUCACCGACAGGCUUACCGUAGCAGCAGGAACAGAGCCAAAUCUAACAUCAAAUACUACUCUGAACAAUUUGUUGAAUCAAUUGAAUAAUUCAAUUCCACAGGCGACUUCUAUCAAUGCCGAUCAAGCAUCAUCGUCAUCAUCUCCACAAAUAACACAAGCCGCAUUAACAUCUAUACUUCAAAACUCUUUGUUGCAGAAUUUAACGAGUGUGCUAGUCAACGCCUUAACAACGCCCUCAACUUCUCCAGACGAACUCACACAAGCAAUUACUUCAAUAACUAGUCAGUUACAACAAUCGUCAACUAAUACUAUUUCUCCAAGUUCCGUUACAACACCAGUAGAAACUAGUGAAGUAAAAGCCAAUGGUAAACAAGGAAUUUCUGCUAGCACUGAAGAAGUGCCACAGUAUAAACCAACACCGAUUGCUGAGUUAGAAAGAAGAAAACGAUUACUCAAUGGUGGUGAAUAUAUUCCGUCAAUUAAACCCGAGCCAAUAGUUCCAAUUAAACUUGAACCUAUAGACAUUUCUGCUAUUGAUUCUGAUAAUAAUAGUAAUUUUGAUACUGAUAUUCGAGCCACAUUUUCACCUCCAACACUUGCACAAUCUGUUUCUCAGUUAGACGAACAACAGAAUACUUCUGCAAUAACAGUAACAUCCGUGAAUACUCCAACACUCUUCAAUCAGAAACGACAUGAAGAAAAGUCUGUUCCAUCAUCUUCAAAACCUAUAAGAUCAAUAAAUACAACACCUGAUAGUAAUCAUUUUUGGAUUACACCUCCUGGUUCCAAUAAAAUAAAGAACAAACCGAUUACCAAGACUGAACUAUCGUUUUCCUCAACAGCUCAACCAUCAAAAAAAACGCGGCAUUCAUCUUCAGAUAAUGAUGGACAUCAAGAUCAAGAUGAAAGGAAACAAAUCGUCCAUAAACAACCAUCACAAACACACGAAAAAACACAGCCAACAAUAGUAAAAAAUGUGCAGCCCAUCUCGACUAAAUUAAAUGACAAAGUUCAACAAUUAAUUGCUCAGCAACCAGCGAAAAAAGUUAAUACUACAACACAACAACAAUUAACGGCUAAAAAGAUGACAACAACGAAACAAAAUCAACCAUCGAUGUCACUUCAAAAGGCAGUAACAAAUAGCAAAAAAGUAUCAACAUUAGAUCCAAUGCUAAAACCAAUACCAAAAAAGAAACCAUUAGUACAAACAAACGUUAAACCAUCAUCAGCUCCUAAAAAAACACGUGUGUCUGAUAUUGACUUACUUUCCGUACCGACAACUUCAUCAAUUAAAGUGUCAAAUCCCAUCGAAUAUAAUACUAAUGAUGAGGAUAUCUUGGAUAGUUUUGAUAAUAGAGGGCUGAAUAAUCGUAAAAGACGAGUACACGAAAUGACGAAUGAUAUACCAGAGAAAAAAACAAAGUUAAUCAAUUCGACUACGGUGCUGAAUAAAAAAAUAGUAAACAAUACGUCAUCAACAAUAAGAAAACCUGUAACAAAUGCGACGAAUCGAGUUCAACAACAAACAAAGAAAGUUUUAACAAAACGAACACAAGAUGAAUCAAAUGAUUUUGAUGUUGAUCAUGAUGAUAAUACGAAUGGUACACUAGAUGAUUACUACUGUUUGAAUGAUAAUGCACGAGCGUCAACGUCGACAGUUGACAAUAAAGACGAAGACGAUGAAUUGGCUGUUUUUGAUAAUUUGUAUCCUUCAACUUCAAACAGUGAUGAUUGUAAUGAUAUGAUACAAUGUCUGGAACGCUAUGAUCAUCAACAAAAACAAACAUCAUCAAACUCAGCAAGUGCUUCAACAUUCUAUCCGACUAAAAAGCAAACACCACCAUCUUCUAUUCAACAAUUUAUUUCUCGUUAUAUGAAUGUAACAAAUAGUGAUAGUGAUGAUAAUAACACCUCGCAGACAUCAAAUCGAACACGUGCUGAAACGUGUACCACUGGUCAACGUAUUGCUCAUAAACCCGCUCCAAGUGCAAACAUUCUUAAAUCAACGCUAACACCGAUUAUUGAUCCAAAUAGUAGUUCUACUAAAAUUCCACUUAGUACGCGGCAACAAUACGUUGACAUGUUUGUUCGCGAAAUUAAACGUACAAAUAAGCAGUCAUUAUCAUUAGAUGGAAUGCAUCAAAAAGCUCGAAAGAUUGAAAAAGAAAUUUAUGAUAAAUCAACAAAUAAAAAUUUAUAUAUUAAUUUGGCUGCACAAUAUUUAAGACGUUUAAGAUCAGAACAGCAAAGUAGUAAUACAGGAGAUGCUACGACGAGUACAGACGCACCAAAGUUAUCGUCGCCAUCAAGCUCCUCACGUCUUAAAGUUUCACAUUCAGCGAUGCUUACAGCUGGAAAAGAUGAAAAUAUUAGCUAUGGAAUUAAAAAACAAAAACAUGCCGAAUUUGAUACAAUCAAAGGAAGGCAAUAUUUGAUAGUUGGUAGAGAGUAUUAG